CUCUAGAUUGAGGUAUUCAUGUCAGAGUUACAUAUAUUUUGACUCAAAGCAAUUGUCAGUUGGCAUGAACUGUCAAUAUUGUAACUCCAGCUUGCAAACUCCCUGCAGUUGCAUCUUAUGUCGCACCCAAUCACGAAGCUAGGACUAUGUCUCAUGAGCAUUGCCUGGCUACGGGAGUGUAACAUGCGCCAGCCAAGCAUUUCGGGCUUCGAAUAGCGCCCCCCAGGCACGGUUGAAAUACCGUCAAAGUUUCCUGUGACUUCCUCAGCCAUGGAGCCUCUCACCAGCAUAUCUACGCCGCCCUCAACCUCGACCUCGCAGCCGCACUUCCAUGCCCCCCAUCUCCAUCUUCCUCAUAUCCAUGCAUCUCAUCUCAAAUUUGGACAUAUUGAUCACGUAAGCUUCGAGCAGAAUGCAGCUCAAGCCCACAAGGAGGGAGACAGGUAUGCCAUAUUCGAACGGAAGGAUGCUCUCGCCCGUCAGUUUCGCCGCGGGAGAAGAUACCUAUUUCGUCGGCCGCGUCCUCUUCAGUAUUUUUGCGGCAAUACACUGAUCAGAGAUAAUGAAGAACGAUCCAGUACUCGCCUUGAGCUAUUCUUUGAUCUGGUUUUCGUUGGUCUCGUCUCCGUCCUGGCGGAGGAAUGUAUUGAGAAUCUUGAUGGCCCGCACCUCGCCAAAUAUUUCAUAACUUUUGGGGCGGCAUGGAGCAUCUGGAGCCAUGUUCGCGAACUGUUUAAUUCAUUCUGGAAUGACGACUUGCAACAAAAGGGUCUGGUAAUUUACGUGAUGAUUAUGCUUGUGAUAUUCGGAAACAAUGCUACAAAGGCUGAAGAGGGGAGACACGAAAGCGGUGCACGCGUCACCGCAAUAGGGACAUACCUUUUGGCUUCUGGAGGCAUUCACGGGACUUUGUUCUGGUAUAGCUUCUUCGCAAAACCCUACAGGACCCAAAUACGAGUUCAGGUACUCAGCUGGAUGAUAUGUGCUUGCUUGUGGAUCGCUGCCGCGUUUCUUGAGAAAUGGUCAGCCGCAGUAGCAGUUACGGUCGCACUUGUCUUUGAAUAUUCUACAUGGGCAUUCAUUGCUUCGCCAUCAUUCCAACGACUGAUGAAACUUCACUACUCUGCCGCUGUUGGGAUAGACCACGAAAUUGAGCGAUUUCAUGACUUCUUCACUCUAGUUAUGGGCGAGUUCAUCAUCUCUCUCAUUUCGCGUCAGCCAGCCGGAACUGGUGUGCAUGGAUCUGCGGGACGCAUUGUUCUGGCGCUGGUCAUUGUUUCGUGUUUUCAGCUACUCUAUAUGGGAGGAGGAGGGAGUAAAAAAAUCACUCAUCCAAUCCGCCGAAGUGUCCCUUGUGCUGCGUUAUGGUUUACACUGCACAUUCCCAUCGUCAGCGCCCUGACCAUUUGUGGCAAUUCCUCUGUAAAGUUAGUCAUGGAGGUAGACAGGGUAGAGGAAGUAGUCAGAUGGAUAUUUUGUGGAGGUUAUUCGGCUGGAAUGUUUGGUUUAACAGCGCUUGCCGCAUUGGAGAAAGAAUUGGAUGCUCCUGACGAGCUAUGGUUUCCAAAACGUGUGCGUUUAGCACCACGUUUGAUAUCUGGGGUCAUCGUAGUGUUCCUGCCGAUUGCCUCACAAAAGGACGGGUUUAAUAGUACUAGUUUACUCAGCAUAACUGCUGGGUUGUCCCUCGCCACCUUCCUUUGGGAAAGCGUCGCUUCAUUGGAUGGACCCUCUUCGGCGGCAUACAAGCCGCCGAAUUCCGAGACGUCGGAGCAAGCGCAGUCACCCCCAGAUCACUGUACUACGGGAACCUUUGAGGUCCUGUCCGAAUGGCGAGGGUGGCCACGAUUUGCUGAGCCCGGACUGUAUAUCAGGGAUUGCACGUCUCAGAGGGAGACAAACACGGACGAAGAGAGAACAGCAUAUGAUAAAGGAAUGACUGGCUAAGGGGUUGUUGAAAGGGUUAUUGGGUGUCUGUUGCAUUCGUGAUUAACUCGGUAUAGGCGGAAAUAGCUGAGCGCCCUAGAUACGGUCUAUGCUGCCCGAACGAGCGGUUGCUUGAAUUGACCUUUCAAUU